CAACUUGCCAAUCAAAUUAAAACAAACUUGCCAUUCUUCAUCUUCGGACCUUCAAUGAGUACAAAGGAGCAGUGCCGCAAGAGACGACAUGGGCCAUGGGUGUUGCACUGCUGCCGCAGAUCACCUUCUCUAAUGCGUGGUGUGCCGACGACGUUAAGCAUGGAUUCACUGCUCUUCGGCCCUCUUCUUCUCCAUCCAGCCGAUUCUCUUUGCUGCUGCAAAAACUUGUUGAUGAUGAUGGUGUGGUGGCUGCUGCAAUGUCACCGGAAAAUGGAGGUGUGGCUGUUGCAAUGUCGCCGGAAAAUGGAGGUGUGGUUGCUGCGAGGUCACUGGAGGUCUUGGAACCCAUCUUCCGUCGAAGGUUGUUGAAGUUCUCUGUUGAAUCCCCAAGUUUACCGGCGAUCUUAUCUUCGUGUUCAUCCACCACCGCAGCAGUCAAGAUGUUGUGAGUUGGGUGCCUUUGCAGAAGAAAGGAGGGAAAUGACCAAUGGGGCUUGGAUCUGUUUGUUGGUUGCUUUGGUGAAGAAGAAAAUCAUGGAGUGAAAGAAGAAAGAAAUAGAAA